CGACGACGCACGCAGUUUCUAAAUUUGAAUCCUUGGAGAGAGAAGUCGCGCACCGCGUGCUCUCUGCUGCGUUAAAGCCACAGGCCGGUCUCACCGCUUAAACUCGAAACUCUCAACCAUACACAUGUGACAAGUAUUUUAAGAAAGACACUCUCGCAGUGUGCAUCUAGUCAACACAAUCUAGUCCCAAAACAUCGUCGUGCAUUCGGUUAUACGGCAAACCCAACAAGAGAGAGAGACUAAUAAUAAUUUCUUAGACGAUAUUAUUAACUCCGUAACACACUAUAAAUAAUUCCAAAUCAUUUUGUAACACCCCUCGUGUUUUUAAAGUGCAUCGACAUUUUCCGCGAUUCUUAAAUAGAAUUAACACACUCUCUCUCUCUCUCUCUCUCCUUUUCUCGUAAUUGUAAUAAAAGAAAUUUUAAUAUUUAUCAUCUUCCAAGUGUGCUCAAUUUAUACUACUAAAAAAAACUUGUGAUUUUUUUAAGAGAUAAUAUAUAUAUAUUUUUAAAAGAAAAGGACUUUUAUAUUCUCCUUUUUUUUCAUAAAGGAGAAAAUUAUAAAUUUCACAAAUUUAGUGACGACGAGAUACAUUUUCUCUAGUGAAUGUUGGAGGGAAAAAUUUAUUCACUUUUUUUAUUUAUAAAUUAUUGUGAAGUGACUGUGAUUUUGAGAGAUGUGUUGUGAAAUAAUAAUGACUUAGGAGAAUAGAGUCAGGGGUUUGGUAGUUCAACUUGAAGAGUAACCUCAGGGGGUUCCCCGCUCGAUUACGCUCGAUUCCAUGCUCCAUCGCCUCGUCCUCGAAAGCAGCAUAGAGCUUUUGCAUGCUUUCCUCGUCACAAACAACACUGAGUUUUUAACAUUCCAUCCCGAGGCUUAAUACAGCAUCCUAAAUAUCAGGAAAUUUUGCCACAAUGGGUCGGAAGAAGAUACAAAUCUCGCGAAUCACGGACGAACGAAAUCGUCAGGUGACUUUCAAUAAAAGAAAAUUUGGAGUGAUGAAGAAGGCAUAUGAAUUGUCUGUUUUAUGUGACUGUGAAAUUGCAUUGAUUAUAUUCAGUUCGAGUAAUAAACUGUACCAGUAUGCAAGUACUGACAUGGACAAGGUUCUUCUCAAGUAUACGGAGUACAACGAACCCCACGAGUCACUUACCAACAAGAAUAUAAUCGAGGCGCUCAACAAGAAGGAGCAUAAGGGUGCAAUGUCUCCAGAGAGUCCCGAGCCGGAUACCAGUGAAUACAAUCUUACCCCCCGAACAGAGGCCAAAUAUACCAAAAUCGAUGAGGAGUUUCAAAUGAUGAUGCAAAGAAAUCAGCACAACGGAUCGAGGGGAAUGGGUCAGUCUAAUUAUACACUACCCGUGACCGUACCUGUGAAUAGUUAUGGGGGAGAAUCUCUUUUGGGAUCUAGUCCACAAAUGGCACACACCAGCAUCUCUCCAAGGCCAUCGUCAUCUGAAACAGAUUCAGUUUAUCCGCCAGGAGGGAUGUUGGAGAUGAGUAAUGGAUAUCCACCGUCGGCAUCUCCAUUGGGCGGAUCUCCAAGUCCUGGACCUUCACCUGCUCUUGGAGUCGGUGGCGGUAGCGGAAAUAAACCUGGUAAUCCUCCUAGACAUUCACCACAACCACCGCCGCCACCUCAUCCUCACAGAGCCAAUUUACGAGUAGUUAUACCCACGCCUCUUACACAAUCUCUUUCAGAAGACACAAAUUAUGAUAGUGGACACACGCAAUCCUCGUUAAACACGCCGGUAGUAGCAUUACAAACACCAUCAGUUCCUGCUGGUUAUUCUAGUUUUGGACCAACAGAUUAUUCCACGGAUCUUGGCAAUUUAACGUGGUCUCAUCAGAGGUACGUUGAUGACUUAUCAAUGUAUUCAGCAGUCGCCAUGUCCAACAUCAGCGGUCUUCCUCAUUUAGCCGUGUCAAGCAGUACACCGCCGCCACCAUCAUCGCCUUUAACAGUGAAAAUCAAGAGCGAACCAAUAAGUCCACCUAGAGAUCCACACGGCUCGAGUGGUGGGCCAAGUAAUCCCAGUAAUCUUCAUCACACGAAUUUGAGUAUUGGUCCAUCAUCAAGUGGAGGCGGUGGACCACCACCUCAUCAUCUCACACAUUCAGGUCCACAAACAUUGAAUUUAGUAUCGAGUAGACCAAGCAGCAAUCCACCGCCUUCACAUUCUGGUAGCAUAACGCCGACAAAUUUACCAUCGCCAGGCGGUGGUAAUGUUGGCGAUCUACGAAGUCACACAGGCGGUGGUAAUGGUGGAAACAGUUCGGACUAUGAAAAUGGACCACUUAUGAAACGCUCGAGAAUCACCGAGGGAUGGGCGACUUAAUAUCGAUUUAAGUAUCGCGAUCAAUUAUUCAUCCCUUCGCACAAUGGCGCAUAGUGCUUGUGAGUUGAAUUUUUAUUUUUUUUUCUAAAUGAAAGAAAUUGAUUGAUAAACAGAGAGAGAGAGAGAGAAAGAGAGAAAGAGAGAAAGAAAGAGAAAGAGAGACUUUUUCAAUAAUCGUAAAUCUCUUUCAGUGCGCAAAAUCUGUUUCUAUUUUCAAACUAACACAGGAAUAUUAAAAAAAAUAAAUAAAUAAAAUGCGGUGCCAUAAUGUUGAAACUUUAUAUAUAUAUAUAUAUAUUAUAUACAUAUAUAUGAAUAUAAUUAUAUUCAAAUAUAUACUUAUAUUUAUGUAUAUACACAAUGGAUAUAUAUAUUUUCAUGUAUAUAAUAAGAGGUGUUGUUUGUAUAUAUGUCUUGAGAAAAGAUUUAAAGAAAGCUGAGCGUUACGCUUUUAUUAUUCACUUUUUCAGUGAGAAAAAUCGGCACAAGGAAAAGAGAUUUCGCAAUUUGUUAAAUGUGGUAUAGUAGUCUUUAAAAGGCGGGCAUUAUCCGUUAAUUUUCAAAAAAAAAAAAAAAAAUUGACCUCAUCGUUGGACGAGUUUGUCUUCGCACCAAUAUUUUUCUGCACCUGUAAUAUCUCUGAAUUCACUCGAAUUCGAUAAACUUGUCCCUCCCUUCUCUCCCUCUUCGCGCACAAUGGUAGAGAAAUAUUUUUUCCAACGUUAGGGGACAAAUUUUACAUUUUUAACGGUUUUUUUCAAUGUCUGCUGUAUAAGUUGUGGACUGCUGUACACUCAGAAAGAAAGAAAUAUAUUCACGAUUCGAAAUUAAUAUAUUGUGGAGUAACGUUUAGAUAGAAUAUUCUCUAGAUCUUUAAGAUGGAAAAAAAACCCGUUCACAUAAACACACACUUACACACACUGGCGCAUAUAUCUAUAUUAAAUAAACAUUUUCCACGAGUAUUUUGCACAUUUGAUAUUUAUAAAAAGAAGAAGAAAAAAAAUAUAAAAAACGAAGAGACAAUUUGCAAUCCUUUUCGAAGCCUAACAAAUAAAAAAAAAAAAAACGAGGGCUCGUCUCACAAGUAUGUGUCGCGAUUCGAGAAAAACUUUCCACUCCGCGAUAAAUCGUCACUUUUUGAAAAAAAUUGUACUGAAAAGAAAAGCAAACUGUUUUUCAAAAGUUAAAAAAAAAAAUAAUAAUAAAUUUACUCGAAUAGCGACGUGCAAUUUGAAGCAUUCCUCAAUUUUUUAUUUUUGGGAAUGAUAUAAAAGUUUAGCGUCGUUUAAUGAGAGAAAGACGUCUUUUUCUAAAUGUUGAUUGAAUCGAAAGUAUCGACCACGAGUACAAAUUUUCUUUUCGAGCCUUCACUGUAUGCCUUACCUUGUUGUUGUCUGUAGACAUAUUCUCGUGAGAAUUGCUCUCGUAUGUUUUUCAAAGAUCAACGGAGCGAAUGUAAAUUAAUUGUAUUUUAAAUGGAGUACACAGGUAUUUAACAUAAAUAGUGCCUGGCACCAUUCGUGGCCCUCCUAUCGUAAUUAUCGUACAUAUAUAUAUAAAUGUAAGAAGAUUUAAUAUAAGCAAAUAAUCUUCUAAUAAUUAAUUUUUCUUUAUGAAAAAAAGCAUCACAAAGAAGAAGAAGAAAAAAAAAAUUGUGAACGCUAUUUCGCGGGACACAGGAAUAGUCGAUAUUUAUUCUCCAAUUUUUAAGAUGAUCACAAAGUGCAAUCUCUUAGCCAACACAAUUUUUUAAUGAAAAAAAAUUAUAAAAAAAAGAAUGAAAAAAAAAAGAUAUAAAAGAAAUUGUUAUUUUUCAUAAAUGAAAAUAUGAUGUUUAAAUGUAAUUGAAAAAUGAAAUGGAAAAGAUAUAUAUUGCCUCCUUAUCGUGUAAUGUUUAAAAAGGAAAAACUAUCAAAGAUACCAAAAUUUAUUUUAUUCGAGAAUUCUAGAUUUUUAAGAAAUUAUUAUUGUUUCUCAUUUUGUCACUGCAAAUAACUCGAAAAACUUCGUUUCUCUUU